AUUAACAAAUCCAACGCAAUUUUAACAAAAAAUAAAAAGAAAACUUAGAUUAAACCCAAAAAAUAAAUAAAAUAUCCAUUUCGAAAGACGAAAAGGCGCAGCAGAGAGAAACUUGAGGAAAAUUGGAAAUCGAGAAGCAGAGCGCAGAGAAGAAAAAUCUCUUGGCAAAAAGUUGUUUAUUGUUGUAGGCUUAGCGAGCAGCAAACGUUAGCGGUGUUCAUUUUUAAGGCUUUUAGAGAUAGAAAACACAAAAAAUAGAAGAAAACUUUUAUCCACACACACACACACACAUACAGACAGACAAACAUAAGCAACCAUGAAGAAGAGCUCCACAUUGACGACCACCACAUCGAUGCUAACGUCUCCGACGCAGUCGGCACAAACGCUCUCGGCCAGCAAAAUGAGCCUGAGCAGCAGCCGUUCGGGCCGAUCCUCGUGUCAAUCACAUGGACCCGUUAGACCAGGCAGCGGAUGCGUCGAUGCGAUUAAGGCCAAGCGAGAGGAGAUCGAAAUCGAUACCAUACUCGAGAAGGCGAAGUUCUACACCUCCGUGUGCCUUGGUACGACUGCCAUUUUGUCGGUGUUCACAUUUCUCUUCCUGAUACCCUUUGUUGUGGAUCCCGCAAUUUCAACAAUCAUUGCCGACUACGAUCCGGUGCCGGUGACCUGCGUUGUCAUCGAUCACAUCUACGCGGAGGGCAUCAAGAAUUGCAGCUGGAGUUCGUGUCGCGAGGGCUGCACCUCAUCACUCACCAAGUGCCAUCAGUUGUAUGUCAACUAUACGCGAAUACCCUUUAGCGAAUGGGAGCGCAAUCCUCGAGACUUGGAGCGCGUCAAUUGGGACGUUAGCUACACAAAGUUUUUAAUCAACUCCGAGGGUUGCGGCUAUCCACCGACAACCAAUUGUAGCGUUUUCGCCAGACAAUAUGGCUUCAAUCACAUUGGCGAGCCUUUUCCCUGCUACUAUAGUCGCGCCUAUCCGGAAGUGGUCAUCGGGCGUUACUCAUGGGAGAAUAACCUGUACCAUCUGGUGCUCUCGCUGAUUAUACCAAAUGUUCUAUUUGCCAUUUCAAUUGGUGUCUUGAGCUAUUGGUAUUGCCCCUGCUGUGAGAAGGCGUGCAAUAAGUCCUCGCGUGUUUACGCCGAAAAGUUUCCAACCAAGGAAGACAAACUUCUGUGUCACAGUGAUGAAGAUGAUGAAAUGGAAUACUAGCAAAAAUAAUACAAAUUAGUUAAACAAAACCAACAAAAGAAACUCCUUAAACAAAUAGCUAAUUAACUAUGUAGUCUAUACCAAUACACACACACGGACAAAUACAGACAUACAAAUAGCUUAUAUACAUAUACUAUAAUAAAAAGAGAAAAACCAUCUGCCAUUAUUAUAUAGGACACCUUUACUUAUAGCGGAGCAUUAACAAACCCAAAAAAAAAUUUUCUAACUAAUUUUGUUAAAAACUUUUCAAUUUGUAGAACUUGAUAUGCUUUAUAUAUAUAUACUAUAUAAGAAAUCUUUGACUAGUAUUUGAGUUUUAAGAAAUUUUCGCUUAUUUUUUGUAACGCUUCUCGAUGCUCCCCCAUUUCCAUAAUAUAUACAUAUAUAUAUAGAUCCAUUAGAUAAAACUCAAAUUUCUACACAAAAAUAAAUAAGAUGCUUGUUUUCAAAAAAGAAUUGUGAUAGUAGUCAUAAAAAAUAACAAAAAUAAAAAAAGAAAAAGAAAAAUUAAGUAAAAGAAAUUCGUAAAACCGUAAAAAUCAAAUGAUUGUAAACCUAGCUAAAACAAACUGGGAUUAGAGUUCUAUAUGUUAGAGCUACAUAAAUUCAGACACACACCACAGAAAUCGGAACCAAAUAUAUAUGACAUAUAUAUAUAUAUGUAUAUGUAUAUUCCACAAUCAUUCAAAUUCACAAUUUGCGAAAUUUUGAAAUAGUUUUAAAAAACUUAUGUAAAAAACAAAAAACAAA